AAAAAAAAAAAAAACAACACCAAAAAAGAAAUAUUAUUAUUUAUUCUGGCUCACCUUCAUUCAUCGACAUCAAUCAUCAUUCAUUCUAGCAGAGCCAAUCCCAAUCCGAAUCCCAGCUCACUCCCUCCCUCCCAUUACUUCCCGAUUGGCGGGUUUCUGCAGCUCACCGCUUUCCUUUUAUAGCUUCUCUUUUGCCCCCUCCUUUCUAUUUUGGAUCUGGAGAGCAGGAGAUAGAGAGAAACCCAAAAUAAUACAACACCCAAAAGAAGAAGUAGAAGAAGGGGAAGAUUUGAUUGAUCCUCUUCCUCCCUCUUUUGCUUAGUUUCUCGGAUAACUUAGCUAGGGUUUCUGGUUGCUGCGGUUUCUUCCCUGCCCCCCAAAUCUCGCCACUCUAAAUUUGGCAAAAGAGAUUUAAAAAAAAAAUGGCUCCAAUUUCCCUCCGAUAACCGUCUGUCCGUCUCCCUUCCUUUACCCUCUUUUCCCCUCUGGGUAGAAGGUAGCAUCCUAUCCCAUCGCAGCCCCAAAUUAAAAAUGGCGAGGGAGAAGAUACAGAUCAAGAAGAUCGACAACGCCACGGCCAGGCAGGUGACCUUUUCCAAGCGGAGGAGGGGACUUUUCAAGAAAGCCCAGGAGCUCUCUGUGCUCUGCGAUGCUGACGUGGCCCUCAUCAUCUUCUCCUCCACUGGCAAGCUCUUUCACUACUCCAGCUCCAGCAUGAAGGAAAUACUGGAGAGGCACAAUUUGCACUCCAAGAACAUCGAGAAACUAGAACAGCCGUCACUGGAGCUGCAGUUGGUGGAGAACAGCAACUUCACUCGGCUGAGCAAGGAAGUCGCCGAGAAAACGCGCCAACUCAGGCAAAUGAGGGGAGAAGAUCUCAAUGGACUGAACAUUGAAGAACUGCAGCAUCUGGAGAAGUCUCUCGAGUCUGGCUUGACCCGCGUCAUGGAAAAGAAGGGUGAUAAAAUUACGAAUGACAUCAAUGAGCUUCAAAGAAAGGUCAGCCUAGCUUGAAAUCUCGGCCAUUACAUCAUGUCGGCCAUUAUGCAUGGGGACAGAUUAAUGAGAAUUGUGUUAGAAAAAGCUAUAUGUCUAAUGCCAGAGUUGAUACUUGUUGAUUUGGCCAGGGAAUGCAACUGAUGGAAGAGAAUGCGCGCCUAAGACAUCAGGUAAGCGAAUUGUUUGCUGCUUGUCGAGAAUCACAGUAAUACAAGAGAUAACGAUAACAAUCUGCCUCUCUUUACAAAAGAUAUGCUGAAUUUUGGGGUCAGGUAGAAGAGAUGACCAAUGGCGACAGACCUGCCGCAGAAGCAGCGAUGAUGGAGGCGGAGGCGGCGGUCGUGACGGCAGAUUCAGAGAACGUGGUGUACGAGGACGGGCAAUCAUCAGAAUCUGUAACAAACGUCUGCAACUCAAAUGGAGCCCCUCCUCACGACUAUGAAAGCUCCGACACUUCCCUCAAAUUGGGGUUAGUUCGUUCUUCUGAUCUAGUUUCCCACUGUAUUUACGAUCAUAUAUGCAUGCAUGUUGACGAUACCUUCAAGAUGUUAAUAUACUGCUGUUUUUUUUUCCCUUCCAUUUUGCAGGUUGCCGUAUUCCGGCUAGAGUGUUGUUGUACGGUGACGUGUAUGAUGAUGAAUGAUCAAGCUAACUUGCCAAGAGAAUGGUCGGCGGUCCAAUUGUUCCUGAGCCUCGAUCGUGUGUGUAUUAAUUUAUUCCAAUUUGAUCAAUGCAAGACAUGCAUUGCAUGAUGUAUAAUAUUGUAUAUCGGUGUGAUGAUUACAUGAUCAAACCAC